ACUUACUUUAUUCGUCGCCAUGGAGGCGAAUAUUAGUGAUUUAGAAGUAGCUAAAACACUGCCGACUGCGGCUAAACGUUAGCCGCUAGCUAGCUAGCCAUGUCUUAAAAUAAAGCACCUCUUCCUGAGUGCGUUUUAGUGUUAUAACUUCACCUUUAUCGUGAGUUUUUAACCCAAAAUGCGUCCGUUCUCCCUUUUUUUGUCCACACACUGUGUCUGCUUGUAAGUACUCCGUGAUAAAAACGAUAAUUGUAUAAAUUAAAUUUAUACACGGUAAAAAAAAAAAAAGUUUUAUAAAAUGGCGCGACCUUCACCCUUCCUUCCUUCCAAAGUGUGCGUAUAAUUUGACAAGCUCCCUCUUUUCAGCUUUCACGCCCGUGAUAAAACGAUAAUUGUAUAAAUUAAAUUUAUACACGGUAAAAAAUAAAAUAAAAAAAAAAGUUUUAUAAAAUGGCGCGACCUUCACCUUUCCUUCCAAAGUGUGCGUAUUAUUUGACAAACUCCCUCUUUUCAGCUUGCACGUCUGAUAAAACGAUAAUUGUAUAAAUUAAAUUUAUACACGGUAAAAAAAAAAAGAAAAAAAAGUUGUAUAAAAUGGCGCGACGUUCACCCUUCCUUCCUUCCAAAGUGUGCAUAUUAUUUUAUUAUUUUCAGCUUGCACGUCUGAUAAAACGAUAAUUGUAUAAAUUAAAUUUAUAGACGGUAAAAAAAAAAGUUGUAUAAAAUGGCGCGACGUUCACCCUUCCUUCCUUCCUUCCAAACUUCCAAAGUGUACAUAUUAUUUGACAAGCUCCCUCUUUUCAGCCUGCACGUCAUCCCUGAGGAGGUCACGUGACACCCGUGACGUAGUCGCGCCGCAGCCCCCUCAUAUGAGGAGGUGGCGCAGAGACAUGUGGAGCAGUGGCCAGCCAGACCAGACCAGACCAGACUAGACCACAGAGGAGGAUGAUGAAGUGCUGGGUGUGGAGCAUGGCGUGCAGCGCCCCCUUGCUGCUGCUGCAGGUGUUGGCCACCUACCAGGGGUCACCUGCCAGGAGCUUUGCACAGAGCCGGGGCCAAGGACACGCGCCCACCAGGACCCUCGACCUCGCAAUUCACAGAAGUGACUACACGUAUAGAGGAGGGUAUCACUACCACUACCAGCCACCAAGGAUCCCUCCACCGGUAGUGUAUCCGCCUUUUCCUCUAUCUCCUCCAGUGACUUACCACAGACCCCCGCAAGCCCCCAUGUGGCCCUAUCAGCACACAUUCAAGGGCCCACUGGUACCACAGGUACCCCACAUUUACAAAGGUCCUGUAGCGCACCGUCCCCAGCAUAAAAUCAAUGGCCUCUUACCUUACCACUCAAAAAAAGGUCCUUGCCCGACAAAAUCCAACCCCACGGUAGCGACUACGCCUGUGGUGUACCUUCCGACUGUACCUCCCACCCUGAGGCAAACCACACAACCGACCUUGCCACCGACUACUACAACCCCCAAGCCAGUGGUGACCACCACGGCGGUGCCUGCCGUUGAGACCACCGCUCCAGUGCCGGUCAGUACCACAAGCGACCCCAUGACCACCGUCAGUCCUGUGGAGACAGAGACAGACUCUCAGUGCAGGAGCCGGCCCUUGGACCUGGUCUUUAUUAUCGACAGCUCGCGCAGCAUUCGUCCGAGCGAUUUCGAGAAGGUCAAGAUAUUCCUGGCGGACAUGGUGGACACGUUGGUCGUGGGCUCGGACGCCACAAGAGUAGCGGUGGUCAACUACGCCAGCACGGUCAAGAUCGAGUUCCUGCUCAAGGACCACUUCAACAAAGCCGACAUGAAGAAGGCCAUCUCUCGGAUCGAGCCCCUGGCGGCAGGCACUAUGACAGGUUUGGCCAUCAGGACGGCGUUGAACAAAGCCUUCAUCGAGCAGUCCGGAGCCCGGCCUCGCUCGAGGAACAUCGCCAAAGUGGCCAUUAUUGUGACGGACGGGAGACCUCAGGACCACGUGGAGGAAGUAUCCGCCACCGCCCGGGCUGCGGGCAUCCAGAUCUACGCGGUCGGGGUGGACCGCGCCGACAUGGCGUCUCUGAGGCAGAUGGCCAGCUUACCGUUGGAUGACCACGUCUUCUACGUGCAGACCUACGGCGUUAUCGAGAAGCUCACCUCCGAGUUUCGGGAGACCCUGUGCGGUCUGGACCCCUGUGUGAUUGGAAACGACUGCGAGCACACCUGUGUCAACAACGACACGUCCUACUACUGCAAGUGCCGCCAUGGUUAUACCCUGAAUGCGGACCAGAGGACGUGUUCCCUGAAACAGGUGAAAGUGGAGGUGCUGGUGGUGGAUCCUUGCAAGUGUGAAGCCAGGCUGGCUUUCCAGAAGCAGACGCAGGCAGCCAUGCAGCAGCUCACUGCCAAACUAGCUGAUGUGGCAGCAAGGAUAGAAGGUCUGGAGAAGGAGCUUGGUCGAGCGUAAAGCUCUGACAAAGAGACGUCCAGUGGGUGUGGGAGACAUGGACUGCUGCAACACACACAUGUGCUGAAUGGAUGUCAAGCAUGCAGCUUGUACACGUUACUAAUCACAUCUACACUUCUACUGUAUAUACUACUUUAUAUUAUUGUUACAUGCAUUUAAUCACUAUUAUUUCUUUGUAUAUGCUCUAGUUCUACAUUAAAUGUAUCUAUUUAAUCUCCUUUGUUCAUAAAUAUUAUGAAGUGAUAUAUACAUAUACUGUACACACUAUGUAUGUCUUAUUUGCAGAGAAAAUGUAAAUAAACUCAUCAGGAAUAUUUCA